AUGGUCAUAAAUGAGGAUUCCUUGGACUUGCCUACUAAAGUCCUUAGUCAGAAUCCUAGAAGAUCUAUGUCAAUCAGACAGCAACCAAUCAAUGACAAUUCCCUGGACUUGCCUACUAAAAUCCUUAGUCAGAAUCCUUGGAGGUCUAUGUCAAUCAGACAGCAACCAAUCAAUGACAAUUCCCUGGACUUGCCUACUAAAAUCCUUAGUCAGAAUCCUAGGAGGUCUAUGUCAAUCAGACAGCAACCAAUCAAUGACAAUUCCCUGGACUUGCCUACUAAAAUCCUUAGUCAGAAUCCUUGGAGGUCUAUGUCAAUCAGACAGCAACCAAUCAAUGACAAUUCCCUGGACUUGCCUACUAAUGUCCUUAGUCAGAAUCCUUGGAGGUCUAUGUCAAUCAGACAGCAACCAAUCAAUGACAAGUCCCUGGACUUGCCUACUAAUGUCCUUAGUCAGAAUCCUAGGAGGUCUAUGUCAAUCAGACAGAAACCAAUCAAUGACAAUUCCCUGGACUUGCCUACUAAUGUCCUUAGUCAGAAUCCUAGGAGGUCUAUGUCAAUCAGACAGAAACCAAUCAAUGACAAUUCCCUGGACUUGCCUACUAAAAUCCUUAGUCAGAAUCCUAGGAGGUCUAUGUCAAUCAGACAGCAACCAAUCAAUGACAAUUCCCUGGACUUGCCUACUAAUGUCCUUAGUCAGAAUCCUUGGAGGUCUAUGUCAAUCAGACAGCAACCAAUCAAUGACAAUUCCCUGGACUUGCCUACUAAUGUCCUUAGUCAGAAUCCUUGGAGGUCUAUGUCAAUCAGACAGCAACCAAUCAAUGACAAUUCCCUGGACUUGCCUACUAAUGUCCUUAGUCAGAAUCCUUGGAGGUCUAUGUCAAUCAGACAGCAACCAAUCAAUGACAAUUCCCUGGACUUGCCUACUAAUGUCCUUAGUCAGAAUCCUUGGAGGUCUAUGUCAAUCAGACAGCAACCAAUCAAUGACAAUUCCAUGGACUUUCCUACUAAUGUCCUUAGUCAGAAUCCUUGGAGGUCUAUGUCAAUCAGACAGAAACCAAUCAAUGACAAUUCCCUGGACUUGCCUACAAAAGUCCUUAGUCAGAAUCCUAGAAGGUAUAUGUCAAUCAGACAGCAACCAAUCAAUGAGAGAGGUCAAAAUGAGUCUUUAUUACAUGUUAUUUUUUGUACAAUAAAAACAUUUAUAUUUCCAGAUUGA